AGUUGGCAUAUUUGACACCAUUAUUUUGUAUUCAAGAUUUGUACGAUUUUUGUAUAACUUUUUUGUUAUAUUACCUUGAUGUAUUAAUGCAAUAAAAUACAAUAUCUCUUUUUAAUGUAAUGGAUCCGAAUAAAACAAAAAGUGCAUCAGAAGGUAUAGCACCAAUGGGUAUUACAGCACUGAAUGAAACAGUGCUCAGCAACCAGCCAGAGUCAAGAUAUGAAUGUCCUGUCUGUCUCAACUGGCUCCGAGAUCCUGUCAUUACAACCUGUGGUCAUAAAUUCUGCAAAAGUUGCAUCACAUCAUGGCUACGGAAUAGUGGCCACUGUCCGAUUGACAACAUCAACCUGAGUAUGAAGGUGGAUAUCUUCCCUGACAAUUACACCAAACGAGAGAUACAAGAGCAGAGGAUGUCUUGUCCGUUUGCAGCUAAAGGGUGCACAAUGAAGGUGACCCCGCUGGACCUGGACGCGCACAUCGCGGCGUGCGCGCACAACCAGCCGGACACGUCGGCGGCGCGCGCGCUGCCCUGCGCCUUCCGCGCCGUCGGCUGCACCGACACCUUCCUCUCGCAGGACGACAUCAACAACCAUCUGCAGAACGAUCUACAGAAACAUAUGAGUUUUCUCAUGAACGCGUACUCCGAGAUAAAGAUAAACAAUGACAUAUCGAACGCUAACAUUGACACGAAGGAGCAGGAGGCCAUGAACCUGUGGGAGGCGCCCGACAAGGAGGGCGCGCAGCCCGCCGCGCCCCUCACUAACACCACCACACUCAUAAGAGCUCUAUACGAGCGUGUAGUAGUACUGGAACAACGUAACCGCGAGCAGGACAUAGUGCUGGCAAACUUGACUAAACAGCUGUCUGCGCUCGCCGUGGCCAAGGUGAAGCAGAACAGCGACAUGCUGCUGCGAUACUGCGCUGGAAACUACGUCUGGCGAGUCGACAACUUCCAGCAGAGGCUUGACGCUAUGCUUAAAGAUAAUUAUAAAAUGCUCUACAGCCCCGGAUUUUAUACAUCGCCUAAUGGAUACAGGUUCUGCGUUCGUUUAAACAUAUCACCUCAGAACCCACUGUUCUUUGCACUGCAUGUGCACUUGAUGAAGACAGAGAACGAUGACUGCUUGGAGUGGCCAUUCAAUGGAAGAAUCUCCUUCGCUAUGAUCAACCAAGUGGACGGGGAGCGGACACAGAGGGACACUAUGAUGUCCAACUCCAGUCUGGUUGCAUUCCGGAAGCCCAGCGCUGAGAUCUGUCUCAGAGGCUUCGGGUACACCGAGUAUGCUCUACUCAGUGAUGUGCUUAGGAACGGAUUUGUGAAAAAUGAUGUGCUUGUCAUUAAAGUUACUAUUAAAUGUGUGUAGUUAAAUGUUUAUAAAAGUUAUAUUGUCUAAAUAUUGUUAUUGUGACUGUACUUUUCAUGUUUAUUAGGUACAGUCACUGUCACUGCCCGGUUGUAA